AUGACUGUAGUACAAAGUUAUGCUCCAACGAAUGUAGCAGAAGUGGAAGUUAAGGAAGCCUUUUAUAGUUGCCUCACAAAAGUAAUGAGUGAAAUCAAUAAGGGUGACAUAGUCAUCUUAAUGGGUGAUAUGAAUGCCCAAGUUGGUCAUCACAAUAAGGGGUUAGAGGCGACGAUGGGCCGACACGGGUUAGGCAUAAAGACUGAGAAUGGCGAGAUGUUCACCGAAAUUUGCGCAAAUUUUAAUCUUGUGAUAGGUGAAACACUAUUCAACCAUAAACGUGUCCACAAAAUAACUUGGACAUCUCCAGAUCGAAUGACUGAAAAUCAGAUUGAUCACAUAGCAAUAAGUCGUAAAUGGCGCGGUUCCCUUAUGGACAAACGUGGAGCUGAUAUUGACCAUCAUCUCCUAAUUGCGUCAGUCAGACUCGAAGUUGCGGCAGUUAGCGACUUGAAAAAGAAGAUACAGAAAAAAUUUCACGUAGAGAAGCUGAAAGAUGCAUCCACCUGCGCAAGGUUUAUCGAAUCGCUAAAUGCAUCUGGCGAAACAGAAUACACUCUAACUAGCGACUGGAAAAGUAUAAAACAAACUUUCCUAAAAGCAGCGGAAUAUUGUAUUGGAUUCAAAGCAUAUAAACGAAAAUCCUGGAUCUCAGACUCCACAUGGAGGUUAAUAAACGAACGUAGAGAAAUAAAAAAUCAAUUAAAUUCCGCUAAGACGAGAUCCGCCAAGGCGGCACCACAGCACACCUACAGCAAAACCGACAAGCUGAUAAAGAAAAGCGCGAGAACGGAUAAACGAAUCUGGAGUGACAAUUUAGCUAGAAAAGCGCAGGAAGCCGCGGAAACGUACCGCACUCGUGACCUGUAUCAAACGAUACGGCAACUGACAAACGCAACAUUCAAAACCACCAAACCGCUAAAAGAUGAAGAUGGCAAACUGACAACGGCCAAAGAUAAGCAGACUACCAACUGGGAGCGUUAUUAUGAAAAAUUGCUCUCACCAACUUCGUCGGAAGCUAUUCAGUCAUGCGGUUGCCAACGUUACAUACCAAGACGUGACAUUCACACCUCGUACCCGAAUGAGACGGAGAUAAUGACAGCUAUCAGAGCAUUAAAGAACAACAAAACUCCUGGGCCGGAUAACAUCAACCCAGAACUCCUAAAAGCUGAUCCUCAGACGACUGCGCGGAUACUGUUUCCUCUACUCAAAGAUAUUUGGGCCUCAGAAAAGAUACCAGACGAGUUGAAAGAAGGUGUUAUUACUCUUCUUCCGAAGAAGGGAAAUUUAUCGGAAUCCAUAACCAAAGUGAUCAACGGUUGCAGCAGCAACAACGGCUCAGAUACACAGAGCAGUAACUCUGGUCCACGUGGCGUAUGA